AUGGAAACUCAGAGAAAGAUAUCAUUCAACGUGUCUGAUUAUUAUCAGAUACAAGAGAUCGUGGGUGAAGGUGCCUAUGGUGUUGUUUGCUCAGCUAUACAUAAGCCAACUGGUACAAAAGUUGCUAUAAAGAAGAUUCUACCUUUUGAAAAACCAAUGUUUUGUUUACGUACUCUUAGAGAAUUAAAAUUAUUAAAACAUUUUAAUAAUCAUGAAAACAUCAUAUCUAUUCUAGAUAUUCAAAAACCUUUGAAUUUUGAAUCUUUCAAUGAAGUUUAUUUGAUUCAAGAACUAAUGGAAACAGAUUUACAUCGUGUUAUAAAAUCUCAAAGAUUAAGUGAUGAUCAUUGUCAAUAUUUUAUUUAUCAAACUCUACGGGCUUUAAAAUCAAUGCAUUCUGCAAAUGUUUUACAUAGAGAUUUAAAACCUUCAAAUCUUUUAUUAAAUUCAAAUUGUGAUUUGAAAAUUUGUGAUUUUGGAUUAGCAAGAUCAAUAGCUUCAAGCGAAAAUAAUUUUGGUUUCAUGACUGAAUAUGUUGCAACAAGAUGGUAUAGAGCUCCUGAAAUCAUGCUAACUUUCCAAGAAUAUACAACAGCUAUAGACGUAUGGUCUGUUGGUUGUAUCUUGGCUGAAAUGUUAUCAGGUAAACCUUUAUUCCCAGGUCGUGAUUAUCAUAAUCAACUUUGGUUAAUUAUGGAAGUUUUAGGAACUCCAUUAAUGGAGGAUUAUUAUAAUAUUAAAUCUAAAAGAGCUAGAGAAUAUAUUAGAUCAUUACCAUUUAGAAAAAAAAUACCUUUAAAUACUUUAUUCCCAGAAGGUACAAAUCCAUUAGCUAUUGAUUUAUUAGAAAAAUUAUUAACUUUUAAUCCUCAAAAGAGAAUUUCAGUUGUUGAUGCUUUAAAUCAUCCAUAUUUACAAUUAUAUCAUGAUCCUGAAGAUGAACCUGAUUGUGCUCCAAUAGAUGAAAGUUUUUGGGAAUUUAAUGAAAAUAAUGAAGGUUUAGAUAUGCAAGAAUUGAAGAAAUUAUUAUAUGAAGAAGUUAUGAAACCUUUACAAUAG